UAUAUUUAUUUUACGCCUAAUGUUUUGAUGUUGUGGUUAUGUCUUCUGAUUGAUCUCCUAAUCAAUCUCAAAUUCAAUUUUCUCCACUUCUCCGUCCAUCGAAACAAUUCAUUUAAAAUUUUUUUUUAGCGUCCACCCUCAGCCCAAUCAGAUGAUGAUGUAACUCCUCAAAAGUCACCUGGAAUCGGAUGUGGAAAUCUAUCUUCAUCUCUGACACCUUUCCAAGUAGUAAAUGGACACCUAAGUAAUCUUUCAGGAAUGAAAAUACAAAUGUAGCCGAGUUACCACGCUUUCUCAGAAUGGGGGACAGUUUAAAGCCCUCUAGUUCUGGAUCUGCCACAGGGAAUCCGCGCAACAAAGCUGCACUAAAGCCAGGAUGCUCGCUGAUGGAUUGGAUUCGUUUGGGAAAUUCUGGUGUGGAUCUCACAGGCGUGAAUGGGGUUCGGAGAACUGUGUCAAAAAAAGAACUAGCUCGUCAUAACAAACGCAAUGAUGCUUGGCUAGCAAUUAGAGGCAAAGUUUAUAAUGUCACGAGGUACAUGGAAUUCCAUCCUGGAGGGGAAGAAGAACUCAUGAGAGGUGUUGGAAUUGAUGCCACCAAACUUUUCAAUGAUGUUCAUGCCUGGGUGAAUUAUGAAUCUCUGCUUCAAAAGUGCAUCGUUGGCUCUCUAGGGGAAGCAGAUACAGAGGGUGCAUUUAUCGUUCCUAGAACAAAAAGUAGUGGUAAAUUGAGUGCGGCAUCUGGUCAAAAUCCAGCAAAAAAGCUAAUAGAGCAGACAAGGAACAUUAGCAUUGCAACCAAUGCUGUGUGGAGCUCCUCAGAUUGGUUCCAGCAGCUUACUUUUAUCUGUUUAAUUUUUUAUUUGAAAGCCACAGUGAUGCAGCUACACAUAUCAUUGACUGAAGACUCAAAUCUAAUUUUAAAAUUAAAUCAAGCACUGCACAAUGUCAAACUAGAAAGCACAGUUCGGUGGCCUUGCAAAGUGAAACUGAAUCCAACAGUUGGGAAGGUUGAGUUGGAGUUCAGGAAGGUAGAAUCAGCACUGUGGCGGACGUUUGGUGUGCUUAUGAAAAAUGUUCCCAGUGAAAUUGUGAGCUCUAGCUGGAAAAUGACUGUGAUCAAAAGUGAUAGUAUCACGCACGAUACAAAAAUUUUAGUUUUAAAGUACGUCGAUUGUGUAUACAAUUACGUUCCUGUUGGAUGCCAUGUCAUGUUUGAAGCAGUUAUUGAUGGCAAGGUUGUUGAAAGGCCAUACACACCAGUUGUGUCUGUUCACCCGGAGUAUCCAGUUGAAUCAUCUAUUGAGUGCCUGAAUUUUAUGAUUAAGUCUUAUGACAAUGGUCUUCUUAGCAAAUGGUUAUGUUCUCUGCCCACUGGUGCUGUAGUCAGUGUUAGUGCACCAUUGUGCGUUUUCAAUCCUUCCCUGUUGAACGGAAGGAAAAAACUUGUGAUUUUAGCUGCUGGAACUGGCAUAACUCCUAUGUUCUCUGUCAUCAAUUGGGCUGUGCAUACAUCUUCACAACGGUUAUCUGUGAGCGUUAUCUUUUUCAACAAAUCUGAAUGUGAUAUUUUAUGGGGAGAACAAUUGAACAAAUUAAUGAUCGAUAAUGAAAGGUUUAAAGUUGAAAAUGUUUUAUCGAAUGGAAGUAGCUCAUGGACAGGGAAAAGAGGAAGAAUAUCAGUGGAAAUAGUUCAAUCUGAGUUACCAGACCGGCAAAACAGCGGUGAAGACAAUCCUUUCACUCUAAUCUGUGGGCCUGUUAAUUUUAACCAGACUGCUGAGUCAAUCCUCCAGAAACUUGGUUACCAGCAUGAGGAUUAUUACUGCUUUCACUGAUGGCGACCAAUGGAUACUUGCAUUCAAAACACCAUAGCAUUUAUUGUUUUUAUUUUUUACCGAAAGAAUCAUUAUUGUUUUUAGGAAUCUCUGAAUACUCUAAGAACCGCAACAGUUGUAGCAAAGCAACUGUUAGUGUUAAAGAAAUUUAUGAAGUGUACAUAAGAUCCUUAACUUUAAAUUUAGAUUUUACUUGUAAGUCUAAUUGAAGAAAAGUUGGUAAAUUAUGCUUAUGAGCAAAUUUCAUAUUUUUAUGAUAAUACAUAAUUUGUCCUAAAAACUUAAGGACUAACAAGCUGGUCAACGUGAGGUUAUUUUCUCUCUUUCUUUUCUUUAAGAUUUGAAAAACGAAAAGUUAGAAUUCACUAUAUUCAAUACGCCAGUUGAUAUACAUAUACACUGUUUCUGUUUGAUUUUUCCAUUUAGUGUUGGGACGAGGAUUCAGAUUCAGGAUUUGUUGUCAAAAUUCUUGAAUCCAAAUCCUCCAAAAUUUCAAAAUUCGUGCUAUGAAGCCGAAUCCCUAAUAUCGUGUCUUGAUUUCAUUGAUCUCAAAUUUAGACUCAUUCCUGAAUGUUGUCGAACAGUGAAUAUUGGUGAAAAAUAAAAUUAAAAUAAAUAAAAAAAAAGUACCAAGUUUCUGAAAAGUGAAGGAUUCGCGAUGGAUGGGGAUUCGAAAAUUCAAAAGCAACAAUUGGAAUUUGGGUUCGGAUUUGGGUAAAAUUCGACCCAACACUAUUUUCAAUCUAAACAAAAACAUACAAACGAACAAAUAACCUCUUCAUUAUAAAUUUUCUUCAUUAGUACACAACAUAGACUUUCGACCUAAGGUUGUGUUUAUAUUGUAACCAGUGAACAUCAAUAGUCAACAGACUGAUUUAGUGGCUACGCCAUGGUUCAAAUGUAAACAAACCCAUAACUUUGUCUCUGAUUUGCGCCCUUUGCACCAUGGUGGUGUCUAACUGUCUCUUGCAAUAAAAAUGUAUCGUAUUUAAUGAGUCCUUAAUCGACUUAUGGCCUGUCAAUGACAAAAUUUUAUUGAAUUAACACAACUAACUCACACUAAAUUUGUACAUGAGGUCAUGUAUUUGUUUUGGUUGAAACCACUGAGUUUGAUAUUAUAUCAGAAUCAGAUGCCAUAGUCACUAAAUCAAGAACGCAAGAGUUUCCAUUCGACGUCUGUUGGUGCAAGAAUGACUUGACCACUAAAUUAGCCACUUAUCAAAAGGAAACAUUGUCGAUCUGCUUGUCUAAAGCCAUUGUCUGGGUGUAUCUCUUUAAAGCUGAUAGCCUACUGGACGCCUUAACUCCACUUGUUAAGUUUUGGGAAUGCACUGUUAUAAAACUGAUAACAUUAUUGGUUUUCAGGGUAAAUCGGGGAGGCAAUUUAUACUCAGUUUACCACAAAGGAAACAUUUUAAACUAUCACUAAUCUUUAAAAUGUCUUGAUUUUUUUUGUUUUGUUUGUCCUUUUUUAAUCCUUCUUUUUGGAUCAAAUAUUUUGGGUGCUUUUGCUCUGCUAGUUGCGGUUUUGAUUGUUUGUUUUUUCUUCCCCAGUCUGUGAAAAAUUAGAUGUUGUAUUUAGUUUAUUUUUAUAAGUGUUAAAUACAUGUUUUUGUAUGCCCAUUUCGGCAUGAAGAGAGAAAAUUCAAAUAAAAUAUCAGUAUCAUUGAUUUUGAAGUCAGGGCUCCAUUUUUCACACCUUGAUUAUUUUGAAAGGAAAAUUAUUUUUUCUCGUGAAAUUCUACCUUUUCCAAAAUAAAGUAACUUUUACCUCUUUCACAUUUUUUCAAGCUUCAAGCAUGACGUUUCAAAACUUGUUGUUAACUUUUAAUAAUUUUACGUAAACAAAAUAAAUAUUUUGCGAACAUUCCCCUUGAAAUAUGCCUUAAUACUAUCUUAAGUGUUCCAAAAUAUUCGGGAAGUUCUGUGUAAAACACUUAAUCUCGAGUAUUUCUUUAAUAUUCAGCUAAUUCUAACGUUGUCUAAACCGAACACAUUCCUGAAAAAUUCAGAUCUUCUGCAGAAUAUUCAGAGAACCUCAGAAUUUGCUUUUUUCAAUUUUUACAAGUCUAAGACGUUUUUCAAGGUGGAAAUUUUUUUAAACAGUAUUAUCACUCAGAUUCGUUUGAAAGUUACGGUUUCGACAGUUCUCCGCCUAACCAUCAUCAGUGACUGAUGGACAGUUGGAUAGUGAAUGGCCGAAACAGAAACUUUUUAACACAUAAGAGUGAUUACACUUUUUACAAAUUUUUAUCAACCUAACAAAUCAGUGUAUUUUCCUCUCUCCCUACAUUAACUGUAAGAAACUUUUUUAUCAUCUAAGAUUUAGUCAUCAAAUUAAGUUCACCUUUUGAAGUUUUUAGCAUUAUUGUAAAAUACUUUAAAUGCCUAAGAUUUCUGAUCCAGAACCAAUAGUCCCAUGUGUUUUGAACAUUUUUUAUCUGUUUAUUGUAAUAUUUGGUGGAAACAAAAAUGCAAAUUUUGGCUUCCCUUUUUUAAACAUUUUUUAUGUUAAUUGUUUACACGUGCUGACCAUCAUUUGUUCAAGUGAUCAAACUUUUCGAUCAAAUCAUAGGAAGCGUUUAACAAUCUUAAAAGAAAAGAGGUGCUUCUUGGAAAUUUUCAUUUUUAAACCUCCUCAAGUGUUCGAUCAUUUAAAACAUUCUUCGCCAAACUAGGUGCUUGCUUGAACUUGGCAAAUUGACACUUUUGUAGGUAAUUUUUUUCAUUUUCCAUCGCCAUAAUAAGAAGUAUCUACAAUCAAGUUUUGGUGCGGUUAGUUUUAGAUGCUUUAAAAUUUUUCGUAAGUGCUGCUGAGAAUAUCUUUCUCUUAUAAUUUGGCUCAAUAUAUGGCGUCUAACACUGACACGUGCGACACGCGUUCCAUUGCGUUGUUCAUUUCAUUGCAUGAUUAAAUAAGUAAUUGAUUAUGUUCUUGAUCAAUUUAAUUUUUUUAAAAUGAAGAUAGGCCAUUUGUUCCUUUUGUCAAAACAAAAUGUUUGAUGUAUUGAAAUAAAUUAGUAGGGAUCGAUGCAUUUUGAAGUAGUGCAUGAAUAAAGAAAAAGAUCAUUCGAGAGAAUGGACUUCAAGAGUUUAUGUCCAUCAAUGGGAAAGAAGAACUUCCUUCCAAAAACUCGAAAUUUAAGUAAUUAUAUUGCUUAAUAGAGAAGUAACAGCAGAUUAUUUUGGAACAGAAAAACAUCCAAGAAGUGUAAACCAAACUAAAGUCAAAGUCUUUUGAACUUCAUAAUUCUGAAAAUGGAGCACAUUUCAAGUAAAGCUAUUUUCAGCUUUGGGACGCAUUAUUUUUCUAUUGUUGUUCUUGUUCCUCUUCACAUCCUCCAUUGGCACUAAAAAAGGAUUGAACUGCUUGCAUCCCAAUCCUCCGCAUGAAGUGGAGUAUUUUCCACCAGAAAUUAUUAUUCCAAGUUUUCACUUUAACUUCUCAAAUAUCAUCCUAAAAAUUUUUUUGUGUGUGUACCAAUGUCCCCUAUAUUGUGGAAGGUCAUAUUUUAAGAAAGGGUAGGAGACCAAAAUUCAGAGAAAAAGUCAUGAUGAAAUAUCUAUGAAGUAAAGGCAUUCAGGUUCUUCAUCAAUAAUGAACAACUUGCUUAAUUUCAGCAAUAUCUGAUAGUGCCUACCAGAUUUUGUAUUUCCACUUAUCAAAACUUGAUGAAGUCUUUCAGAUUUUGGCUCGAAUUCGUUUACCUACUGGAUAAAUCCAGACAAGAGGUAGCCCAUUUGGACUGCAUUUUGCAAAAAGGAACCAAGAGCAUUGCAAUGUUAUGCUGAGAUUGUGCAACUUCUCUUGUCUUGGAAGAAAAACCUGGUCAUCUAUAAACACUUUCUAUUUCACACGCUAAAAACUGUAAAUUUAAGACCAAAAUUACCAUGUAAAUUUCAUAUUUUUGCAUGAUUACAGUAAUUUUAUUGCAAAGGGUGAAGUCGCACAAUCUUAGCAAGAUGGCAACGCUUUUGGUUCCUUUUUGCAAAAUGCAAUCCAUUUGUGAAUGAUUUCUGGCAAAAGAACAACAAAAACCAUUAUUACGCAACAGUGCCGAUGCAUGCAGUCUGUCAUCUGUAUGUUGGUUUUUAGUGAACUUGCUGAGUUUCCCACAAUGAAAUAGAUUUUCAGAGAACUGCUAGUUCAAACUUAAAAAAAUUUCAUAAAGAUCGAGCCCAAAGUAUAAAGAAUCAGGCACUUUCUACAGCUUUGGAUUAUCAUUUUUCGCUCCUUAGAUAUGAUCUACAUGAAGUUACUUUUCGGAUGACCCUUGAAUAUAGGUAGGUAGCUACUUUAAUACUUUAGGUAGGUAUUUCUAGUCUACCAUUGUUUAUUUGGUUAAGUACCUAUUUUGUUAAAAAUGAAAAUGACAAAGAACCUUGAAUGAGGAGCACUGGAUGUUGAAAUAGCUUCAAUUCCGUUGUAUUUGUUUAAGAUGUUGACGUUCUUAUAACGAUGUCUUACGAUCCAUAGAGCUUAGAGAUCCACAAAGUAAAUUUUUAUAAUGCACUCCUUAACUACUCGAUACUUUAGCUGAAAAUCAAUGAAAUACCGAUUGUGCACCUAUGCAACAGAAAAUAUGAAUCUAACAUAGGUACAUCACAUUUUGUUGAGAAAAAUGCAUUGUAAAUAACAAGUACAUACUUCUGUUUAAAUAUGUUCUUUAACGUAAUUAAUUUGUUAACCUGCUCCUCGCAGAGACCUUUUUUGUGAUCUCUGCUUAUGACUGUAUGACUUAAGAAUUUAUCUUGUUUCUCUUGUGAACUUUCACUCAUUGCCAAGCCAUUUUCCUUAGCACUUCUCUGACCCUACCCUGCUGUUUAAAUUAAAAGUUCCUUUUUAUAUAUAUAGCAGAGUGGAGGGAAUACAAAGCUCUGCCUCAUGUUCAUGCCCUAUUAUCUAUUAUCUCCCAUUGAAUCCAAGUUUGCACUGUGAUAUACAUAUGUUUUUUUAAUACUAAUUGGCUUGGCUUGAUGCUUUUUGACCAAAUUUUAACUUUUAAUAGUAUCAGGCAGGUCUAAGGGGGAAAUUUAGACUUAACAUUACUCUAAGCCUUUGGCAACCUACAGAAUUUUAUGACUUUAUUUUGUAAUUCAUCGCUCUAAAAAUGAAUUCAUUGUGAUGGCUUGAAAUUUUUGUCAGGAAUAAAAAUUGAUCCCUUUUCAUAA